UCCGGUACGUCUUGAUGACGUAAUUAUCAGCUGCGACAAAGCGCGGUGCUCGAAACCAUUAGGACGUAAACAUGUUUUGAGCAUGUAGACAACACCACGGAAGAUCAACAUGGACGUGAGCCAUUCGAUACGUGAACGCACCAUCGCUGAGAACAGUCUGGUGAUCCUCCUGCAGGGUCUGCAUGGACAGGUGACCACCGUUGACCUGCGAGACGAGAGCACAGCGAGGGGCAGAGUGAUAAAUGUGGACGCUUUCAUGAACAUCCGGCUGGAGAAUGUCCUAUACAGGGACAGACGGGGACGCAAGUCGAGCAUGGAUGAUCUCUUCAUUACUGGCAGAAACGUGCGGUACGUCCACAUCCCUGACCAGAUCAACAUAAUAGAGACAAUAGAGGCGCAGCUCUCCAAAAUACACCGCGUGCGAAACUUCGGAGCGGGCGGUGGACGGAAGGAGUACUCAAAGAAAAAGUAGCUGAUGCUUGCAGUGUGUUUUUGAUGGGAAUGCUCGUUGGUGAAUAGUUUGUUUAUAUUAAAAUGGUUUCUGGGUCA